AUGGGUGUUGCGCAACGCGGCGCGCGGUGUCAGGAGGUGAGUGACGUAGCCACAGCCACAGCCACAGCCAGAGGCGGGGCAGCCGCCGCCUGUUGCGCCUCGCGGCUCGGCCUCAUCCUGCUGACGUCACGCUCACGCUGGCGCGCCAGCGGCGUUGCCGCUUUCCAGGGCCCGGUUGCCCGCUUCCAGCUGACAUCGCCACCUGAUAGCUCGCCGGCCGUUUCCGGCCCCGCCGCGGCUCGGUUGACACGGGAUGAACGUGAAGAUGUACAGAAAAAGACAUUUGCCAAAUGGAUCAACUCACAAUUGAUAAAGAGCACGCAACCACCGAUCACAGACUUAUUUGUCGACCUCCAGGAUGGCAACAGGUUGCUGGCUCUGCUCGAAGUGCUCACGGGCAAACAAUAUGCAAGUAUCCAAUUGCCAUAUACAUCAAAACGGGAAAAAGGUCGAAUGAGGGUGCACCAUCUAAACAAUGUGAACAAGGCACUGCAGAUCUUGGAGCAAAACAAUGUGAAACUCGUCAAUAUUAGCAACAAUGACAUUGUGGAUGGCAACCCGAAGUUGACCCUCGGCCUAGUAUGGAGCAUAAUUCUUCAUUGGCAGGUCCACUACCAUCUGAAGGAUCUCAUGUCCGAUCUGCAGCAGACUAACCUGGAGAAGACGCUACUCGCCUGGUGCCGACAAAACACGAAAGACUACCAGGGAGUGGAUGUGAAGAACUUCACGACAUCAUGGUCAGAUGGGCUGGCGUUCAAUGCGCUGAUCCACCACUGGCGGCCGCAGCUGUUCGACUUCAACAACAUUGCACGCAAGCAUCCGAAUGCACGCCUGGAGCAUGCCUUCCGCAUUGCACAGGAGCACCUACACAUCGACAGGCUGCUGGACCCCGAGGAUGUUAACACUUCAGUACCUGACAAGAAAUCCAUCAUGAUGUAUGUAAUGUGUUUAUUUCAAUCACUACCUCAUUCAGAAGUGGAUGCAACCACUCUUGAAUCUUCAAUUAAUCCAGAAACUGGUUCUCUGAUGUCUCCAGCGGCAGAGGCCCUACCAUUUAGUGCUCCACCAUCUCGACCUAUCAGCCUCGCAACAAAUGUGUCUGUUGAAUUGGGAGGUUACCAAGUUGCCCUGGAAGAAGUUCUUACAUGGCUGCUAGAAGCUGAGGAUAAGCUUAGCCAGUCACCUGUGUUGGCUGGUGAUUUAGAGACAGUCAAAUCCCAGUUUCAUGCACAUGAGGAAUUUCUGCAUGAACUGGCUGGCCAUCAGGAAGGUGUGCGAGCAGUCCUAGAAGAAGGAGCCCAUAUGGUUUCUGAAGGUGGUUUGUCUCAUGAUGAAGAAGAUGAAGUGAGGGUACAAAUGAGACUACUUAAUUCCCGUUGGGAGGAUCUAAGGAUCAAAGCUAUGGAACGUCAAACAAGGAUCCAUGAACUCUUGAUGUCACUGCAGCAGCAACAGUUAGAUCAACUGAGACAAUGGUUGACAGACACAGAAGAUCGCAUUUCACACAUGGCUGAAGUUGCAAAUGAUCCUGAAACUCUGCAGGAGCAGAUAGAACGUCAUCGUGAACUGCAGAACGAUUUGUGUGCACAGCAGAAGGUGGUUGAUGCACUGUCACACAUGGUGGUGGUUGUUGAUGACAAUAGUCCUGAGAGUGCAUAUGCUCAGAUGGAGGACCAGCUGACAGCUUUGGGAGAGCGCUGGGCGCAUAUAUGCCAAUGGACAGAAGAUCGAUGGGCGCAGCUGCAACAUCAAGCAACAGUAUGGGGUCCAGUUACAAAGAAGCUACAGUUUGUGCAGUCAGCACUUGAUACCUGUGAAACACAGCUUAAAACAAUGGAGGCUACACCAUUAGAGGAGAUGGGCCAGGUUAUGGAAAGAGUUCGCACGCUGCAGACAAUCCGAGUUGAAAUGGAUGAUCACCAGAAAAAAAUCAUUGCCCUUCAGGAUUUAGCUCAAAAGCUGCAGGCCGGUUCUGCUACUGACAAAAUUCUUGAAAAGAUAGAAAUGCUGCAGGACCGAUGGGAUGCUCUGAUACAAAUAAUGGAAGUUCAAGGUCAACGUAUAAAUAGCUCCGGAUUUGAAUUCAGCAUAAAACCAAUUGCUACUGAAAGCAGGUCUGAAGUAUCCUCUCAAGAUGAUGAAUGGAGCAGGAGUUCUAAUUUUACUUUGCAGUCUAGUCAAGAGAUUCUACAACAUGCAAGUCCAAAGAAACGUCGUCUCGCAACUGUUAAUCGGCUUGAGUUUGAUACAAAACUUGCACUUUUUCAAAAAUGGUUGGACCAUAUUGAAUCAAGGUUAGAUACCUGUAAAGAAGGAAGUAGUUCUGAAGGCAGCACAUUUAACAACUACAGUUUGGAAGAACAAAUAGCAAUUUAUGAAGAAAGUCAGUCAGAUAUAGAGAUUCAUGAGGAGGAUUAUAAGCAGCUUGUAAGCCUUGCCAAAGUGAUGAUAAGGGAGCUGCAGAUCCAAAAUGAACAAACUGAUGCAGAAGAAAAAAUUGUAAAUGACUUGGAAACAAGAUGGCAUGGUGUACAACAGUUACUACAACACCACAGGCAAACUAUAGAUUUUAUGAAUGAUAGAAAACUCUUUUAUAAUGAAGUUCUUAGUUUAGAAUUGCUGUUGGAAGGUUAUGAGAAAUGGCUCGAAUCUCCAAAAAUGUCAGUGAGUCUUGCGCAUCAGCUUGAACAAUGCCGGGCUAAACUCAAAACUCUUAAGUCCAAUGAAGAGCGCUUCACAAAGUUGAAAAAGAGAUCAGCUGAGCUCUCUGCAAAUGAAACUGCAGGACCUUUUGCUGAAGAUAUUGAUGCUGAUGCAGACAAAGUUCUUCAGAGAUGGAACAGUUUAUUGUUGAGGCUGACUGAAAAACAGACUGAACUAACCAGCGCCAUUGAUAGAACACCACCCAAGAAGUAUCUUGAAGCAAAAGAAGCACUGAUGAAAUGGGUGCACAAUGUUGAAGGUGUGCUGCUUUCAGAACAUGCUGUUGUGUCUGAUAUUACCACAAUGGAGGACCAGCUUCAGAAGUUCAGGGAACUACAAAACACCAUUGAUGAACAGCAAGACAGUUUCGAGUAUGUGAACAAAACUGGGCAAGAGCUGAUACAGUAUGCUGGUUCAGAAGCACAGAGUCAAAGAUUAAGGGAAGAGCUCCAAGACCUAAAUACACGGUGGAGUGAUAUCCCAGCCAUCUUAGAGGAAAGGCAGUGCAGACUUACGAAAGAUGUUGAAACAUUGCGCCAGUUUAAUGAUGAGAUGGAUGGUCUCAAUUCAUGGCUGCAAGAAGUUGAAACUUUUCUGCAAGCAGAUGAUGCCAUACCAAUUGGUGAAUUAGAGACAUUAGAAGCCCAACUGGAACAGUCCAAUGCUCUUCAGGAUGAUGUGGAAACACUUCAGCCAAAUUUCAACAAAAUAAAAACCACAGCAGAGAAGCUUUUGGACAAUGCAGAACCUGCCUUUGCAGAACAACUGAAAUCACAAUUAGAAGCCUUAAGUAAGAAAUGGGAGAAAGUAACCGGAGACUCAAAACAACAAAAUACUGCACUGAAAGAGGCAUUAGAAAAGAGCAGAAAGGUGAUCAGUGGUGUUGAAGAUUUCAAGGCUUGGCUUUGCAAACUUGAGACUGAAAUACCACCAUCACCUUUAGUCAACUCCUCAACAGAACUUUACCAGAUGAAAGGAAGAUACCAACUUCUUAAAGAUAAGGUUGACAGCAGGACAGAAGAUUUUCGCAACCUGAAUGAAAUGGGUAAUGACAUGAUGCUGAGCAGUGAAGGGAGUUCUGUUCAGGAACUGGCAAGAAGGUUCACCCAGCUGAAUGCCAAGUGGAGUGAAGUUACUGACCACAUUUAUGACAGACAUAGAAUACUGAAGGAUGCCUCACAUGAAUAUGGAGAAUUCAGAGCUCUUGUUGCACAAGAAAUGGACUGGCUGGAUAAACUGGAGAAACGACUUCGAAAGUCUCCCAAGUCAGCUGCAGAUGCUGAGGAGAUAUCAGAGGAGCUUGAUGAUCUAGAAAAUUACAUUCGAAACCAUCCAGAAGCAAGGCUUGCCAAAUUGCAAAAUAUUGGCCGAAAACUAGUUGAAGCCCUUGUUAUGCCACAGUCAGUUCAAGGUGAUGUGGAAAAAAUUACAGAGAGGUGGAGUUUGCUUAGUCAAAAGGCUAGGGAUCGAACCAUAUUGCUUGAAGGCUCUGUCCAAGAAGCUCAGGAGUCAGAAAGCCAUAUCCUAGAGUUUCAAGAAUGGGUAACUCAAGUAGACAGACUACUAACUGCACGUGUUGAAAACGACGUCACCGCAGAUGAUUUGCCGGACGAUGACCAGCGUCUAGUUGAAGAAUUUGAGACACAGGAAAGUACACUGAAAGAAAUGGAAGAGCAAGUGAGAACUUACCAUGAGGCUGGAAAACAUGAAGCUGCUGCCAGGUUGCAGGAACAGAUGCUCCUUCUACAGCAACGAUUUGGUGAAGUCCAGAAGAAAUUUCAGCGAUUUCGGUCACCCCCUCAUUCACAUUUGGAACCACGUUUAUCAAGAGCACUUCGAGAACUGCGCGGUGUUGAAGAAGCCACUUGUUUACUUGAACUUGCCUCUGAUGAUCCUGAGGGUAUUGAGGGACAACUAAAACACUGCAUGAGGUUUUAUCACAAACUGAGCGAAAUCAAAGCUGAAGUGGAAAGCAUCAUAAAAGCUGGCCGUAAACUGGUUGAGGAGAAAGCUGUUUCUGAACCUCAGAAAUUUUCUGUGCGAUUAGACACCCUUAAGGAGUUAUAUAAUAAGCUUGGACUGCAAAUAACAGAGGCCAAAACAGCUUUAGACUCAGCCCUGGAACUGUCAAAAAGUUUACAUUCAAAUAUUCCACUUUUAAAUGAAUAUAUAGAUAAUUUAGAAAGGAAGUUGGCUGAUAAUGAGAAACAUGGAAAUUUUAAUAACAAAACUUACAUGCAGCUUAUAAAGAGAGCAGUGAAUGACGACUUCCCAGUGUAUACUAAAGUUAAAGACAACAUAAAAACCAACUUUAAGGCAUUUUCAGCACUGUGUGAUCCUGUUUAUUUAGAAGUACUGAAAGAUCGAAUCAAUGACACUUUAAGCAAGUGGGAUAAACUAUAUGACCGUGUUACAAAUAUUGAUAAACGUCACCAGGAAAUUUCCAUAAAGGAAUGUGAAACAAAACUUACUGAUAUCAGUAAGACAGCAGACGAAAUCAAUAGGUGGUUUUUGGAAACUGAAGAGAAACUGAACCUUCAUUCCAGUCUACCAGGAGAUAAAAUGUCAGAGAAGCAAGUUUUAGAUUACAAAGAACUGCAAAAACUUUUGACUGUGAAGAAGACAAAGAUUAAUGACCUGCAUGAACUUGCAGAUAGCUUGGGCACUUUUCCAGGAACUGUAAUUAUAAAUCUGAAACUUGAUCAGCUGGAUUCAAUGUGGUCAAGAGUAAUGAGUAAACUUGAUGGCUGGACACAAAAAGUCAAUAAUUCAAACAAGAACGAAACAGCCAAUCCUGGUGAUAAUUCGCUAGCUGCAGAACCAACAAGUGGAGACUCUAGGGGGAGAGAGCCACAAGAAAUGUAUCAUAAAAUUCAUGAGGCUUCUCCUUUGGUUUCUGUAAAGGGAACUGAAGGGCAAGUAGUAGCAGAUGAACCUGCAGCAUUCCAGGAAUUGCUUGUUGAACCUCCCACAACUAAUUCAGAUGCAUCAUCAUCACCAGUUGUCAAUGACUUUUCUAACAAAUUUGAAGGAACACAUUUUGAUGUGGGCGUUGGUUACCUGAACCCAGCAUUUGAAGACACAGCAACGUUAGAAGAGUCAGUGAAGGUUAAUAAUCAUCAUUAUAAUGCAGUUCCAACAAAUAACAAAGAGACAGUGUCUGCAGUGGAUACUGGGGGCCCUGUUAUGGAAGAAGAUGUGGUAAAUGAAACAGCAGUAAAGGGCCUGGUUGUGAAUAAAAUGGUUAUUCCAGAUGUUAUACAAAUGACAGAGCCAAAAAUUGCCAGUGGUACCACCAAAAUGUCUACUAGUGAAUUAGAGGAUAGUGUCAGAGACGGUUCGUCAAAUGACGACAGUGACACGUUCCGUUUAGCAAAAGACAGUGUUCUAUUCUCACAGGUGUCAAACAAUACUCUGAUUAGUUCCUCUCCAGACACUAAUUUCAGUGAUAUCUCCCAGCAUCAGGCAGCAGAUCCAUGUCAAAUGGUUGAAGUAAAAGCAAUUGAAAUAGUGAAACAUGUCAUGUAUCCAAGUAGGAAUGUGGAAACAUCAAUGCAUUAUGGGCCCCAGGCUGUUGAAAUGGUUGAAAUUGUUGAAGACACUGAAGAAGAACCAGAAGAAUCUGCUGCAGAAACAGAUAAUGAAGACAAAGGUCAAACUGAAGAUACAACAGUUACUGAUACUGGAGUGCAAGAAAAUGACAAAGAUGGAUUAUUUGACACUGUGAUAUCGAAUAAAAAACUUACCAAGCAAGAGACUGUACAGGGCUCACCCAAAGUGCAGAGGAAAGAGACUGAUGAAGAAAUCAUCAGGGUGAGUCCCAAGAACAGCAUGAACAGCGUGUCAAAUGCAUGUACUCAACCCGUUGAUCAACUUUUAACCGAAACUGCACAUUCCCUGAAUAUAUCACCAACUCCUAAACUUUCUAUCCCAGGUUAUGAAGUAGAAGUGCAUGUGACACCCACCCCACCUCCUACACCAUUAGCAGUACCCGCUGAAACUCCACCUGAACUUUGCCUCCAAAUAACCGAUAGAGUUAAUAAAACUGAGCGGACGACAGUGACUGCAUGGCGUGAACCAGAGUGUGCCGAGUACUUAAUAAUAGACACUGACAAUGAACAGUUUGUGCCUGAACUUACUAACAAUAAGGCUCUACCUGCAUCACAAAAAGAUGGAAAAAUAUUGGAGAAGAAUACAUCAUCAGCUCUCAAAGAAGUAAUACUGAAGAAGGAAAUAGAAGUUUCAAAAACUUAUAAAAUUACUGGGAGCUUCUGUAACCCUGAAAUAUCAUCAGCCAUAGAUGACAUUCCUAAAGAAAAUGUAACUUUGCCAUUGACCACUUUAGAGGCUGAAGAGUAUGACAGUUUUUAUGGAAGUGACAAAGAAACUGAUGAUGUUGUGGAGUUUUCAGAUGAUGGCGUAUCUCCUCUUGAGCUGAAUAACAGCUCAAGUUCAGAUGAUGAUGAAAGUGCAUCGUUUGGUCACCUUAUUUCUCAGCAUCUGGACAAGGCCAUUCUUUCUUCGAGAAAGGAAGCCAGUGUCCGAAAGGCUGAGAAGCUUCCUCCCAGCUCCACAACUGCAGUUACAGUGAAAUCUGAACGUAGCUUUCCAUCACAGCUGAAACACUCAGGAACACCACCAGUUGCACAAGCAUUACUCAGCCAAUCACUUGUUACUGAGAUUGCUGAAUUUGAGGAUGAAGCACAGCAUAUGCUCUGCAGAAUGGAUGCUAUGCUGGAAACUGUGCGAGCUGUUACAAAUGAAAAAGAUCCCAUAAAAAGGCUCGAGGUACUUGAGCGAGAAUUCAGUUUGCUUGCUCCUGAUGCUGCUACAUUGAUAAGCAGAGGAGAUGGACUUGUACUUACAGUCCACUCCAGUGAUCCUUCAAGAGCUGAACAGCUUAAAGAAUCUUCCCAAGACAAACUUCGUGACAAGUGGCAUCAAGUGAAGUCAGAAACUGAGUUCCAGAAAUCUCAAGCCCAACAAGCAGAACAGAAAUUUAAAGCCUUUAGCAAAUUAGUAGAUGAGCUGGAGGUUUGGUUAAGAGAUGCCAGACGAAAAAUUGACCUGGCAAAUAAUGAUGAAGGACAGUUGCAGGGUGUAAAAGCUGCAUUUGAUAAGAAGCAUCUGGAGUUCUCAAGACUGAAUGACAUGUCCAAUGAAUUAACUAAAUUAAAUGUUGGUCAUGGUGAAGGUACAGUGGCAAAUAUAAAUGAUACAUGGACUGACAUACAGGAAAAAUUCCGUCAGCUACAUAAGGGAUCCAAGGAGAAGGAAAAAGUGCUUCCAGAGAGCAAGAGCAGUGCAGCAGUUCAGGCUGCAGAUUUUGUUACUCAUGUAAACAAAGUAAGGGAAGUUGUCUCUUCUGUAUCCAGACAACUCAAUUCAUAUCCUCUCAAUGGUAAAGAUUAUGAUACAUUCCCAGCACAAGAAGAAUCUUUAAAGAUAGUCAAAGAAGGGCUGCUUUCAUUAAAGCCUAGGAUUGAUGAAAUUGAACAGCAGAGAGAUGCUGUGAUGAGACACAUUAGGCGAGACCAUUCUGAGCAAGUGAGACGGGUUGUCGAUAAACUCAGAGAAGAAUGGUCCCUUGUCAAUCGUGGCUAUACAGAAAGACAUAGUCGUUGGUUGAAAUGUACAGAAAUUUGGAGAGGAAUGCAUAAUAAUUGUGACACAUUCUCAGAAUGGCUUUGCUCUGCAGAGGCAAUGAUUAGUGAGUGGAAUACCAAAAAUUUAACUCUGCAAGAGGCAAAGUCAAAGUUAAAAGAACUAGAAAAACAAAUCACUAUGAAACACAGGAUGAUGAAUAAUAUUAGCUCAUCAUGCCGUAUCAUACUGAGCCAGUCCCAGCCACCGGAGAGCACUAUAAUACAGGAGAAGGUUGAAAGGCUUCGGAAACGGUGGCAGUUUGUGCUUUCUGAACUUACAGCACGGAGAGACAAAAUUGCUGCAAUGGAAGUGAGUAAUUUACCGAAGAGUGAUCCAUCAUCCUUUAUAACUGCUGCAUCAGCUACUUUGGAUCAAGUAAGAAUUCUCCUUGCUUCAAGUGCAAACCCAUCAGAUGACACUUCACUGGCUGUGAGGCUUAGCAUGGUUAAGGCUAGAGAGGAAGAACUAUUGGGUAGGAAACAAGAAAUGGAGGCUUUAAAUAAAUCAAAACAGUUACCUGCCACAGACCAAGUCAAAAGUUUGAGUGCAGCUUUGGAAAAGGCAUCAUAUGAUAUGGCAGCUCAUCGAGAAUAUGUAGACUGCAAAUUAAUGACAUUGAAGAAGUAUACAUCAAAUGUGGACUCUGUACUUGCUUGGAUAAUGGAAACGAAAACCAGAAUAAAUAUUAGCAAAGAACUUCCUGAAAAAGAAAAGAGAAGAGUGAUUGACAACAUCUUGGCAUCUGUUCUUAGUCGUGAAGGAGAGGUAACUGAAGUCCUUGACAGUUUCUCAAAUUUGGAGGAGGAGUGUGAGACAGCUAAACAACCAGUGUCUGUAGAACUUCAGGAGAAAAUUAAGAAGUUGAUCGAAGAUUGGCAGUAUGUAAAGUGCCGAGGUGAAGUUGCUGUAGUUGAUGGUGUAGAAAAUGCUGCUUCAGCAGCCAGUACACUGAGUCAGGUUCCCAGGAUUCGAACAACAGAGAGCAGCGGGGCGGUGAGUGCGGGGGAGCGCCCUCUGCGGUCAGUGCACGUGCAGACGCCCACGCCCACGCCGGCGGCAGCAGCAGCAGCGCCAGCAGCCUCCGCCAGCGCCGCCCCCGCCACUAGCCACCACCGCUCCGCGUCUGCCGCGCUCGUCGCCAGCUUCGACAAGUCCAUCCUGCAGAUUCGUGACUCGUUGGCUGUAGAAGAAGAGAUGCUACGUCAACAGACUGUCGUCGUUGGAGACGUGGAGGAUAUCCUCCAGGUCCUCGACAAGCAGAAGAAUGUCCUGCGUGAGCUGGAACAGAAGAAGCCCCAGCUCGACGAGCUGGUUCACACGGCAGAAAACCUCAAAGCCGAUUCCAACCGUCAACAGCUGCACGGCAAAGUGACGAAGCUGCGGGAGCACUGGGACGAGACUAAUGCCAAGGUGAUGCAGCGGAAGUCUCAGCUGGACGCGAUGCUGUCGGACAGUCAGCGCUACGAGGGCAAGCGCCUCGAGGUGGAGGCGUGGCUGACGCGCAUGGAGACGCGGCUCGAGCGCAUGGCCGCCGUCGGCCACACGGCAGACGUGCUCGAGGCGCAGCUGCGCGAGCAGAAGUCAUACCACGCCGAACUGCAUCAGUACAAACACCACAUCGAAAUAUUCAAUCAGCUGACUCAGAAACUAAUUGCUGUUUACCAGCAAGAUGACACGAGUCGUGUCAAGAAAAUGACAGAGGCGGUCAACCAAAGAUAUGGAAAUUUGAAUUCAAGCAUCAUCAACAGGGGCAAGCUGCUGCAUUCGGCGAUGAGCUCGCUGCACAACUUCGACCGUUCGCUGGACAAGUUUCUGGCCUGGCUGUCGGAAGCGGAAUCCUCCAUGGAGUGCGUGGAAUCGGACGCCGACCGCCUGGGCAGUCGGCGCGACGCGGGGGCGAUCCGGCAGCCGCUGCACCAGCUCAAGCAGCUAGGUACUGAUGCUGUGUACACACCAAUGGAGAAUUUGACUGAAGCAUCAGUGCAUUGA